AUGUCUGAGGAAAAGAAAAUGGUCUUUGCCAAUGGAGAGGAUUCUGGUGGCUGAGUUUUUGUUAAAGAGAAUGGUCAGUAUAAAGCUGGAGGGAUACUGAUUAGUAAGGAUCAGAAGAGCAAUUUUGCUCUGGUGACACCGCUGGCUAUGAUUUUAGAAUCUGCUCCAGGAUUUGAGUGGGCCAGAGUCCUAGGUGCUUCGGUUGUGCGAGGUUUAGUGAAGUAUUUCUAGAUUUGUAGCCUUCUAGGCUCAACAUCCUGUUUUUAAUACGUACAUGUCGGCUCACUUCCAAGUUGUAGGUACGAACGAAACAUUUCAACAAACUUUUUAUCGAAACUGCCACUACCACCACUACUCACUCCACCAUAGCUACUACAACCAAGACCAAUAUCAAACCUAUUAUCUGCACUGGAAGCCUCUGCCGCGAUCAAGAUAAUUUCGUUCCUGGGCACCCUUUCGCCGUGCGCAGUGGCAGAUAUUUGGCGAAUCCGGGGUGGGCGAAUACCGAUACCGGAAUUGUUAUUUCUGUGAACGAAUUGACUUAGGUAUCGCACAGUGCUGGCAAGACUGUUGCAAGUAUUGGUCCUGGGAACUGGUGGGGCGCUGUAUACGAAGAGCUGGAACCAUAUGGAGUUGGUGUUCUCGGGGGAAGGGUUCCCGAUGUUGGAGUUGCGGGAUUGGUCCUUGAUUGUAAGUGCCCAGAAUCCCCUCGAUAAAGCGAAGCCAUUAGCCAAACACAAAGCCAAGUGGGAUAUCUUACUUCACAAACGGCUGCGGCUUCGCCCUUGAUAAUAUCAAAAACUUCCAAGUCGACCUCUCCACCGGCGAUAUUGUAGAUGCAAAUCCGGAUGAAAACCUAGACUUAUUCUGGGGCCUUAAAGGAGGUCUGGAAAUUUCGGUAUUGCCACAAGAUUCGACCUAG